CGGAUGUUCGGCUUUGCUACCAUAUGCUGGAUUGAUUCGUAAAGGAAAAAUUGAUAUAUUUGACCGUUCCGUCGCAAUGCCUUUCCCAUUUUCAGAACAAUCAACGCAUCAAUAUGGGCUCCAUCUCAGACCAAAAGCUUCGCAUUGCUUCCGCUUCCGGUUCGGUCACGGACCGAAGGUUUGGUUUUGCCGACUUAGCAAAAUCUGAAGAAAUAGAGUUCAUCGUUGGUGACUGGAUGUCUGAGUAUAAUAUGACUACCCGUGGCGGAGCGAAAAUCAACAACAGCGGUACCACAGAUGAAUUUGAGGAAUCGUUCCUGGAAGCUAUUGUGCCAGCGUUGCCAUAUAUCGCGUCAAGACAUAUCAGGGUCGCGGUAAAUGCUGGUGCCAGCGACACAGAGAAGCUGCACAACGUUCUUGUGGACAAGAUCAAGGCUGCUGGCUUAGAUUUGAAAGUGGCUUGGGUCGGAGGUGAUGAGGUUAUUGACCUUGUAAAGAUCGCGCUGAAGGAAGGUGACGACUUUCCAAGCCUGACAACAGGCAAGAAGCUUAGUGACUGGGAAUUCGAGCCGAUCUACGCUCAGUGCUACCUCGGAGCCUGGGGUAUUGUUGAAGCCCUGAAGCAUGGCGCGGACAUUGUUCUUUGUGGUCGAGUAGCUGAUGCUUCUCUAACUAUCGGCUGUGCAGCAUACUACUUUAACUGGCAACGAGACGAUCUGAAACAGCUUGCUCACGCAUUUGUCGCAGGUCAUCUAAUUGAAUGCUCAACCUAUAUCACUGGAGGCAACUUUUCCGGUUUCAAGAGCUUACCGGGAAAUUCCAUCAACAUAGGAUUUCCAAUUGUUGAGAUAGAAGCUAAUGGCGAAUUCGAUGUAACAAUGCAAAAGGAUCGUGAUGGCAUGGUUACGAUCGACACAUGCAAGGCUCAGCUCUUAUAUGAGAUCCAAGGGCCAUUUUACUACAACUCCGACGUAGUUGCAGUUCUAGACAAGAUCAAGAUCGAACAAAAAGGGGAAAAUAUGGUACACGUGAGUAACAUCGGCUAUCUCAAGCCACCACCAACUACAAAGGUUGGUAUCACCGCCAAGGGAGGUUUCCAGGCAGAAGCCCACUACUUUCUCUGUGGACUCGAUAUAGAAGAGAAAUCUCGGAUGAUAGAGAAGCAAGUACGUCACGCAUUGGAUGAGACCAAAUAUCACUGUCUCAAGUUCCGGACCCACGGUCGGUGUCCGGUUGACCCUAAGAAUCAAGAUGCGGCUACUGUUGACUUCCGUAUCUUUGUUCAGUCGAAGGACAAAGAAGCUUUGUCAACUGCGAAUUUUUUCCGCCCAGUCACAGACGUCAUCAUGCAGAGCUAUCCAGGGGCAACUUUCGCCGUAGAUGCGAGACAAGCCGUCCCACGCCCUUAUUAUGAGUACUGGGUUGCAUUGCUACCACAGAGCAAAGUAAAACAUGUCUGCCACAUUCCAGCAAAGGGUCUCGACAUUUCUAUUGCUCCUCCUACAGACACUGAGGAUUUUUUAUAUAACCAAAGCACCUAUGAAACCACAAAUAUUCAAAACCUCUCUUCUUUCGGUGCAACCGAACGAGCACCGUUGGGCUACGUUGUACACGCUCGAUCGGGAGACAAGGGUUCGGAUUGCAAUGUCGGUUUUUUUGUACGCAAUGCUGACGAGUAUUUGUGGCUUCAAAAUCUCUUGACCGUCGAUAAAAUCCGUCAGCUUCUCAAUGAAGAUGAUGCUGGAAAACCAAUAUUUCGAUUUGAACUUCCAAAUAUUUGGGCCGUCCAUUUCCUUUUAAAAGAUCAUCUUGAUCGAGGUGUAGGAUCCAGUUCAACAUAUGAUGUGCUGGGCAAGAACUUGGCAGAAUAUUUACGUUGCAAGCUGGUCGAUAUUCCUACAAAGUUCUUAAAUCGGGGAAUAAUAUAGGUAGUCUGACCAUUGGGAGUUAAUAGCAACUACCUAGUAGAUAAAGUACUACAGCGGUAAAACAAUGUGUAAUAUGUACGCACUUAAACGACAAGUUGGGAAUAGUUGGGAUCAAAUCUAGAUGGACGUUGCUGCUAAUUUUGAAUUAUUAUACGUGAUUUCUAUCUCAAAUCGCUUUGUUGUGGUUAACUAUUUGG